AUGGCGCUGCUAGUGGAGAAGACCACCUCUGGCCGUGAAUACAAGGUCAAGGACAUGUCUCAGGCCGAUUUUGGCCGCCUCGAGAUCGAGCUGGCCGAGGUCGAAAUGCCUGGGCUCAUGUCCUGCCGGACCGAGUUCGGUCCCGCCCAGCCCUUCAAAGGCGCCAAGAUCACCGGCAGCCUCCACAUGACCAUCCAGACCGCCGUCCUUAUCGAAACCCUCACCGCCUUGGGCGCCGAGGUCAGAUGGUGCUCCUGCAACAUCUUCUCCACUCAGGACCACGCCGCUGCCGCCAUCGCCCGCGACAGCGCCGCUGUGUUCGCCUGGAAAGGGGAGACCCUUCAGGAGUACUGGUGGUGCACCGAGCGCGCCCUCGACUGGGGCACCGACGGCGGCCCAGACUUGAUCGUUGACGACGGCGGUGACGCCACGCUGUUGAUCCACGAGGGCGUGAAGGCAGAGGAGGAGUUCGAGAAGUCCGGGAAGGUGCCUGAUCCGAGCUCGACGGACAACCCAGAGUUUCAGAUCGUGCUGACUAUCAUCAGGGAUGGCCUCAAGGCUGAUCCGAAAAAGUACACGAGGAUGAAGGAGAGAUUGGUGGGUGUGUCUGAGGAGACCACUACUGGUGUUAAGAGGUUGUACCAGAUGCAGGCCAGUGGCACUCUGCUUUUCCCUGCUAUCAAUGUCAAUGAUUCUGUGACCAAGAGCAAGUUUGACAACCUCUACGGUUGCCGCCACUCACUGCCGGAUGGGUUGAUGAGGGCCACCGACGUGAUGAUCGCUGGGAAGGUUGGGGUGGUGUGCGGGUACGGAGAUGUGGGCAAGGGCUGCGCCUCUGCCCUGAAGCAAGCCGGGGCUCGCGUGAUUGUGACGGAGAUCGACCCCAUCUGCGCCCUUCAGGCACUCAUGGAAGGCUUCCAAGUCCUGACUCUGGAGGAUGUGGUCUCGGAGGCCGACAUCUUUGUCACCACCACUGGCAAUAAGGACAUCAUAAUGGUUGACCACAUGCGCAAGAUGAAGAACAAUGCCAUUGUCUGCAACAUUGGCCACUUUGACAAUGAGAUUGACAUGCACGGGCUCGAGACCUUCCCAGGCGUGAAGAGGAUCACCAUCAAGCCCCAGACGGACAGGUUCGUCUUCCCGGAUACCAACUCUGGUGUGAUUGUGUUGGCGGAGGGCCGCCUCAUGAACUUGGGCUGCGCCACUGGCCACCCGAGCUUUGUCAUGUCGUGCUCGUUUACCAAUCAGGUGAUUGCCCAGCUGGAGCUCUGGAAUGAGAGGAAAUCCGGCAAGUAUGAGAAGAAGGUUUACGUGCUGCCAAAGCACCUUGAUGAAAAGGUUGCUGCCCUCCACCUUGGGAAACUUGGGGCUAAGCUUACUAAGCUAAGUAAGGACCAGGCUGAUUACAUUAGCAUCCCGAUUGAGGGUCCUUACAAGCCUCCUCACUAUAGGUACUGA